AUGGCACCCACAACCACUAAGAUGGCUUCUCUUACGAGCCAGCUCCGCUUCUCCACUCCGGCCACUGCCGUCACAGAGACUUGCACCAUUGGCUGCCCUAAGGAAGUUAUGCCAUGUGAAUACCGUGUGUCGCUUACUCCCGCCACCGUUGCCGAACUCGUCAGCAACGGCCACACCGUGGUCGUUCAGAUGGGAGCUGGCGUUGCGUCUGGUUUCACUGACGAAAGCUACACUGCUUCUGGCGCGACCGUCGUCCCCACAGCGAAGGAGGUCUACACGACCUGCCAAACGAUCGUCAAGGUGCAAGCUCCCCAGCCUCAGGAAUACUCCUUCAUCCAGCAGGGACAGGUGAUCUUUGCCUUCUUCAGCUUCGAGAACAACAAGACCCUUUUCGAGACUAUGAUGCAACGCGAAGCUGUGUGUUUCUCUUACGAGCACAUGAAGACCGAAAAUGGCAUGACCCCAGUUCUCCAGGCAAUGUGCGAGAUCUCUGGACAACUCGCCAUUUCUCAGGCGAUGAAGUACCUCGAGAAACCUAUGGGCGGCUCUGGUUGCAUGCUCGGCACGGUCACCGGUAUGACCUCCGGCUAUGUCCUCAUCCUUGGCGGUGGCGUCGCUGCGAUGCAAGCCGCUCGUGUUGCUUCCAGCGUUGGUGCCCACGUCUGCGUCAUGGACGUUUGCAUGUCGAAUCUGCGGACCAUGGCUGAGACGUUCCCCAAGAACUGCACCACGUUGUACUUCUGCACUGAAAACCUGGUCCAGGAGAUCCAGAAGGCGGACGUUGUUAUCGGUGCUGUCUUCGGCAGCUUCCAGAUGCCGUCAACCGUUACCAACAGUUCUGUUAUGAGCGAGAUGACUACGGUGAACCAGAUGAAUAGGGCUCCAAUUCUCGUCACGAAGGAACAGGUGGCCAUGAUGAAGCCGGGUUCCGUCAUUGUCGACCUUGCAGCGUCUCGUGGAGGAAACUUCGAGACCACCCAGCCGACCACCCUCGAGAUGCCCACCUUCAUGUACAACAACGUCAUCCACUACUGUGUCCCAAACAUGCCCUCCGCAGUCCCCCAAACUUCCUCCGUCUCGCUUGCAAACAACACACUCGUCUACAUCCAGCAGGUUGCGAACAACGGCUGGAAGAAGGCCUGCGUCGAGAACUCCACCCUCAUGCAGGGUUUGAUGGUUGCUCAGAACAUGACAACCAACUACACGCUCUCUCAGAUCUAUACUGGCACCAUGUUCGUCCCGACUGUGCAGCUGUUGAAGAAUGAGAUCACCAUGAUGACCACUCAGCCUCAGAACCAGACUGAAACGACGCUUGCUGAAAUCAAGCAGCAGCUGAACCAGAUCCAGAACAUGAACUCCACGUACGGAAACUUCACGGUUGAGGCCUAA